AUGAAAGACCGCGAGUGGGUUUUUCGCGGAACCCGCGAAGUUCAGUUCCGACUCGUUUCCCUGGGGCCAACUUUGGCAGCUAAGACCAGUCGGGUUCAGGCAAGCCACGGGACGGGAAUUACAGCAAUAGAGCAGGCAGUGAUCGAUAGGCCAGCAAGGAAGUCAGCAAGGCCGACCCUUCGGCAUCGUCGAGGGAGAGCGCAGAAUUAUUUGCACGCCAUUCUCGGAGCUGCUCGACGCAAAAGUGCGACGCGAAAUGUCUCCCCUUGCCUUCUUUGUUUCUCCCUUCGACCCGCUGGGCCCGCUUCUUCUAUUUCUUCAUCAGUGUUACGGAUUGUGAAGAACAACAACAGAAUUAGUCACGAAUUGAAUUAUGGGCUGACGUUUUCUGCGUUGUCGAUUGCCCACAACAUCCUGCGAAACGCGAUUACGACGGUGAUGACAAAACAGUGUUCCUGUCAUGGGUUUGGAAUCCGAUUCAUGCCCAAUCCAGACCACCGCAAUUCGAUUCAAGUGGACGAGGAUACAAAAGAACGAUCCUGCUUCCAGCUUCUGUGCCAGAGAUUCGAAAGCAUUUUCACUCCUUUCCCUCGAAAACUCAUAUUUCCAGGGGCAGGAGCAGUGAAUGCUUUCAGGAUUCGAGCUUUGCCCUGUGAUGCAGGAAGUACCGUAUGUUAUGCGGAAAUAUACCUCAUUAAGCCUGUCGAGGCUGGAAGGAUUUUCGACACCAUCCUUGAAGCGACCAACAAAAAUGGCGCCAGCAGAAAAGUCGAUUGCAGGAUCGAAAUCACCAAUUACACCACCGCAAAUGCUCUGGCUUUCCCCAAUUUCAACCACGAACCUAUCGUCGUGCUAGAGAGUGCUUCAGCGGAUUCGACUCUAAGGGUCAUUCGGGUGAACAGAGACAAGGGCCAGAAUCGUUUGCCAACUUGCGAGCUACGAGGAGGGGACAAUUCCUUCAAAAUGGACAGAAGUCCCUUGCCGGAACAGAAUUUGGACAUCACCUUGAAACUGAAUGCUCCAUUAGACUACGAAAAGGAGAACCUGUACCACAUGUUCAUGGUUUGUGAAUACGCAAAAGUUGAAACUGACUUGGACACAAGAAAUCUCGUCUCUGUUGAGCUUUUGAUCAAAGUGGAAGGCGAACAAGAUACUCCACCGAUUUUCACUUACGCUCCUCCGCUGACUCGAGUCCCUGGAACUGUGAAACCCGGAGACGAGUUAGUUCGUGUGAAGGCGAAAGACGCAGAUUUAGGCCAAAACCCUCGGGAAAUCAGGUACUCUUUGUGGCAAUCCCCGGACAAUCCUUGGCUUCAAUUCUUCCACAUCGGAGAGAAAAAUGGUUCGGUGACAUUGAAAGCAAAGUUGGAUGAUCUGUUGGAAGCCGUCGAAAGCGAAUGCGUGGUUAUGCUGACGAUAGAAGCCGAGGAGUUGAUCACGUCCGAAACGGAUUUCAACAGUGCCAAUCAAGCAACCAAAACCACUAUUGGCUUCGUCAUGGACGAAGCGAGAGUCAGAAAUCCGCCCUCAUUUUCCACAGAAUCAAUAUUCGCAUCAGUCAAAGAGCAUUCACCCAGUGGAACCGAGGUGUUGUAUUCAGGAACCAACACGAGGCCAUACGUCAUCAACCCAAACGCAGAUGGAAGAUCAGUGGUUCAAGUGGCAAUUACAGACGACGACAAUGGAUUAUUCGAAGUCAGUCCGACGGUAAUGACUCAGGGAAUGCAAGACAUACAAAUCAGGGUCAAAGACAGCUCGAAACUCGACUACGAAAAGAUGACUGAAGCCACAUUCAAGGAUGGAAGAUCAGUGGUUCAAGUGGCAAUUACAGACGACGACAAUGGAUUAUUCGAAGUCAGUCCGACGGUAAUGACUCAGGGAAUGCAAGACAUACAAAUCAGGGUCAAAGACAGCUCGAAACUCGACUACGAAAAGAUGACUGAAGCCACAUUCAAGUUGCUUGCCUACCGAGUCGGCAACGGAUUGUCAACAACUGUCACUACAGAAGUGACCGUGAAAAUCGAAGACGUCAACGACAACGCCCCGGUUUUUUCGAAAACCAGAUACUUCGCCCAGGUGCCAGAGGAUGCCAAAAGUGGCACUCAAAUUAUUCAGUUUUCUGCUACAGACGCGGACUCUCCAGACACGGCGUUUGGUCAAGUGCUGUUCACUCGACUUGACGGGCCAAAUUUGGAUAAAUUCAUUUUGGAACAAUCUUCUGGGAUCCUGAAAAUCGCCCGGAACCCAUUGUUUGAUCAGUACACAUAUACCGUGGAAGCAAGGGAUAACAAUGGCGAUGGAAACUUGGCGACGGCUGAACUAGUUUUGCAAAUAACAGACGUCAACGACAAUCCUCCAAAAUUUGCGCAGAGAAUGUACGCCGGUGUUUUGAAUCCGGGAAUGCUCACGUUUCAAACCAAAAUCACUGUCAAGGCCGAAGACGCAGACGAAGGAUCAAACGGCGAGGUCUUGUACGCAAUCGAAAAAGGAAAUGAGAAUAAUUUGUUCAUGAUCAACUCGAAGACAGGUGAAAUAAAUGUACGUUCCGAGUCCCCAAUCUUCGACCAGCUGACGAUCUAUUCAAACCCGGACGACGCUGCCAAAAGAAACCGCGGAGUCAAUGACAAUUACGUCAUUGUUUUGAUUGUGAAAGCUUACGACAAAGGAAAUCCGAGCAUGUACUCGACAGUACCCGUGGAAAUCUACACUCAAGAAACCGUGGAAAGAACACUGCGCUUUGUUCUACCUCAUUCAGUGGCACAAAUCAGAGGAAAUCAGACGGCAUUCGAACAAAUGUUGAAGGCCAUUUCAGGUGGACGAAGAGUGGAUAUUGUCAAUGUCGAUCCUUACAACGGAGACGCUGACGCUAGUUUGAACAACAUACCCGACGCUCCUUCGAAGGGGAAGAGCAUCGUUACAGCGAGUGUACUUCUGCCUGUCAACGCAUUGGUCGACGUGGCUCAAAUUGUGAGCAGUGUCUCGCAGAGUGAACAAGAUCCAGUAAGAAGUGAGAGAACUUCGAGCAGCCAACACAGACCUUCUGGCGAUCAUCAUCGCACUGACAGUUAUCCUUCUAUUUAUCAUCAUCCUGCUGAUUAUCUGGCUGAUCAACAAAUGUUUAUUGCUGAGCAGGAAGUGAGAGAACUUCGAGCAGCCAACACAGACCUUCUGGCGAUCAUCAUCGCACUGACAGUUAUCCUUCUGUUCAUCAUCAUCCUGCUGAUUAUCUGGCUGAUCAACAAGCGCAACAAAAUGAAGGAGAACGAGAAGGCCAUGCUGUUGAAGGACGAAGAGAGCAACAAUAAUAGCAACGGUGAAGCCCUGAAUUUGCGGCAGAGAAUCCAGCAAGUGUUUUCUCCAGGCACUUAUCAGCGCCCGAUAGGUAGAUCUUCUCCCGGUCGAGGUCGCGUCGGGAUCUGGUCUCCAACACACGGCGGUGGAGAUUCUUUGCCAGCAAGGGAGCGAAGGUAUCAAAGAGCCGCAGGCAACCAGCAACAGCAGAGCUCUUUGAUUCCUGGCAAGAGCAAUGGAAGACGGUUUUUCAUUGUCAGAGACGCUGAUGGAAUGGUCCGGGGGCCUGAAACGUUGCGUGAAGGAGAGCAAUACAUGUUGGAAGACAUCGAAGAUGAAGCAGGUCCGUGUCUUUGGAAAGCUGUUAUGCUUAUGCUCGCGGGAAGCCACGUGAACGUGUACGAAGAUGACCAGUACAGACAACAACACGAGGCAUUUUUCAUUGACCCCGAAUCAGGUCGUCGACACAGAUUCUCCCAAAUCGGCAACAGCCAGAUCCUCACACUCGUCACGCCGAAACGGGGACGUCGAGAAUCCGACGGGUUCCACGCUGACGACAGAGAAGGAUACCAUUCUUUGCCGUACAACAAUGACGAACGUCAAGGGAACUGGCGUCAAGCCAGAUCAGGUAGUGAUAGUCAAUUAAUCGUUCCACUGGAAGAGUAUCAACGGAAUCAACUUGCUUCCGGUUUAGACGAGCGGAUCGGCAAGGAAAUGAUCAUGAACCGGUUUAUGGAACAUCAGCAAAGUCAAGACGGCGUGGACGAAAAUGGAAGGAGACGUCGAAAGAUUCAUACACCGAUUGCUGAAGAAACUAUGAGCGCACUUGAGCUGGAAAUGAGAGAUGGCCGAAUGACUAAAGAUGGCCGUCGUCGGUCGAACAGCGUCGGAAAGCAAAUGGGCGCCUUGGAGGAGGAAUCCGAAAGCAGGAUCGGAAUCGAAGAUAUCAACACGACAAAAUUAGAUCCCCCAGCGUCUCCUUUUGUCGGCUAUGUUCAUAACAAAGCCAGCAAACUUCGCCACAAGAGCAGCCUCGGAAGGCUUGACGAAGACGACAGUUUCCAUCACACGCACUUGACUCGAAACAGUCAGAGCGUCAUGUCAAUGUACCCUCCUGGAGAAAAUGCCUUGAUGCAAGGACAGCAAUUGUCGAGAAGAAACAGCAUCGCAGCCAUUGAAGGCAUUGCGAGACGUAGAAGCAGUGCGAGUGCAAGAGCAGAAUUGAGAAGAAAUAGUACGGUGGGAUUUGAAAAUGUCAAAUUCGGACCUUUGGACAGAAGCAUGAAUUACGACAGGUCGUGGUCCAACUCGGUGGAGCCAGAUGGCGACAGAUCCGAGAAGCGGCGCCACAACAGCGACCCGAACGACGCGAGAAUGGCGAAAAACAAUGACUACAUGCAGCAACAACAAGCGUCGUUUGACGACAGGAAACGUGGCAGCAGUGCCAAGGACUCGUUUUCUCCGGAAAAUCAUCGUCGGACGCGUCGUGAUUCGAGCUAUCAAGGUGGAUCACGAAGAAACGAUUGGUAUCUCGGGUCUGAUUCCGAAUCCCCACUUCGUAGGAAGUUGCAACAGCCGUCGGAAGAAGAGCAACAGCACGCAAGAGUAGGAAGAAAAAGGUCGUCCACAGACGGAGGAACAGGAAUCGGAGUUUUGAAUUCCCCGAAGCAGCGAGACACGAAUCGCACAAAUCGUCAUGAUUAUGCACAAGACGCCUUUUACAGAAAUCGGUUGGAGCAGUCUGGGGCAAGACUGGAAAGUGCUUUGCAACAACAACAACAACAGCAGCAACAGCAAAAAAAUUUGGAAAGAAGACAGAGCAAGGACACGAACGACAUAAUCGACAACAGCGAAGCCCGUCGCCGCCGGGCAUCCCGCGAAGCCCGCCGCAUGGCCAGCGGCUCCAACAACAACAACAACAACGCGUCAGCAGCACUCGCCUACAAUAACAGGCUCAACGACGCGUCAUCCCUGUCACUGUCCGACAUCCGCGGCGAGGCUCAAAUCCGGGAACUCCGUCGUCGCCGCGACGAGGCCGUGUCACGCGACGGGAACCGCGGCGACCUAUUAGUUUGAGACGA